UCUUUUUUUAGUGCACUUAACAAGUUUGAGGAAGAUGCACGAGUUGAUGAUAUUCUCAUAGUAAAAGUGAAACGGUGUGAUAUCGUGGGUGCUUAUGUGAAGCCGUUAUGUUUUGCUACACGAAUAAAACGUGAUUUAGAGUGGCUGGAUAUACAGCUGCUAACGCCUUUGUCAGCGCUUUCACGACGUGUUUCUGUAGGGCAAUAUUUAGAGGCUCGGAUAUCGAGCCUCAAUCCGGUAAAGGUGGAGCUCCUUGAAGCUCCACCGCUGUCGACGAAUGAACUCCCAGAAUAUUUCAGAAUUGGCCGUGAGUUGCCAAGACAUACGGAAUUCCGGGAUUACAUCGAAGAUAAGAAGCUGAUGCGGAACACAUACCUAGCGGAAGCGCUUCAUCUAUCCACGACUCCUCCGUACUCGUUUUUGAAGCUGGAAGGCAUAGAAAUGGAUCGAGCAGAGCCAGCGUCAGCUAUACGCAAAAGGCAGAACGAGAUGCUUGCUGAUGAAUACGUGGUACGAGGCGUGGAACACAUGCGAUCUGGUAAUCGUGAAGCGGCCAUCGUUGUGCUCAAUCAAGCAUUGGAUAUCAACCCGCAUUGCGUCGAAGCGCUAGUGGCAAGAGGCGCAGCAUACUCGACAAAUGGACACUAUGUGCUGGCUGAGUCUGACUUUGAUCUGGCGCUCUCACUGAUGCCAACUCACUCAAAUGCUCGUAAUUACAUGGUGGAAACACUCGUCAAAUAUGCUUCACUGCUGGAAGUGCAAGGUGAUUUGGAAAAUGCAAAAAGUAAAUUCGAGAAAGUUCUUCGGAUAAAGGAGGACAGACGAGCCAGAGCAGCUUUAGCCAAAAUGGAUAGAAAGAAGAGAAGCCCAUCAGUAGAAAUUUUGGAAGAUGACAGUGACAAACCAAAGUCGAAAAAUCCGAAGCGGAGCGAUAUUGAAGAGGAAAAGAGAAAACGCCGACGUACUCAAGAAGCUGAAAGGGAACGAAAACGAGAGCGUCACGAUAAUCGCGAGAAGUUGCGGGAGAUGGAAGAAUUCAUUAAGGCACUACGAGAAAAGAAAUAA